AUGGGGCUUCGCCUCUGCAUUUUAAAAAGAGGCUCUGAGAAAGCAGUCACCUCAAGCCUCUCCAUCCUAGAAAGGGCAGAAGGACAAAGGUCUCCUGCUGGCACAAGUGUGCCAAGAGUGUCCCUAACUUCUCACCCUGUGCACCUUCUUUGCCAUCUACUGUUGCUACUAACAGCCUUGCAGAUCGGGGUUGGUGCUCACUCUCUUUGCUUUGACUUUGCUAUAAAAUCAUGGUCCAGACCAGGGCAGCCCUGGUGCAAAGCACAGGGCUUCAUGAAUAAAAAUAUUUUCCUUCAGUAUGACAGUGACAGCAACAUGGUCAAACCUGUGGGCCUCCUGGGGAAGAAGGUAAAUGCCACCAGCACAUGUGGAGAAUUGACCCAAAAGCUGGGAGAAGUGGGGCAAAACCUCAGGAUGCUCCUUCUUGACAUCAAACCGCAGAUAAACACCAGUGGUCCUUCCACUCUGCAGGCCGAGAUGUUUUGUCAACGUGAAGCAGAACGAUGCACUGGUGCGUCCUGGCAGUUUGUCAUUAGUGGAGAGGAAUCCCUCCUCUUCGAUGCGAUGAACAUGACCUGGACAGUAAUUAAUCAUGAAGCCAGCAAGAUCAAGGAGACACAGAAGAAAGACAGAGGGCUGGAAAAGUAUUUCAGGAAGCUCUCAAUGGGAGACUGCAAUCACUGGCUUGGGAAAUUCGCAGAGCACUGGGAGGCAAUGCCAGAGCCGACAGUGUCACCGGUAAAUGCUUCAAAUAUCCCCUGGUCUUCCUCUAGCCAACAAACUCUAACGAUGAUCCUGGGGGUAUUAAUCUUGUUAGUCAUCAUGGAAAUUUACAUCUACAGAUGA